AUGGAGUUCGGCAGGAGCUCCAUUGGAUACCCAGACCGGCCAUUCAGCCCACGGAUGACGCACCAGAUGAUUCUCCCGUUCCUGGCCCAUCCUCGUCUUCACCUGGCCCAACAGAGCCUCCAUCCACUCCUGGGCCGUCUCCUAGUUCCGGAUCAUGAGCCCACGUCACCUGAUCCGCAUCCGGCCUCACCAGAGAAUCGCAGCAGCAGUCCUGUCCCAAGUUUUGCGUCCGCUGGUCCUCCAACUAGCCCGACCCAGCCGAAUCAACCCGCUCCAGCAGCUGUGCGCAAAAGUGACCGUGCCCGUUUUCGCCCAAAGCACCUGGCGAAUUUACAUCACUUCAUUUUCUAA